AUGCCGCCGCCGCCGCCGCCGGUACUAUCGCUGCCGGACGAGCUCAUCGAGGAGGUCUUCUUCCGCCUCCCGCCGGACGAGCCCGAGCACCUCGUGCGCGCCUCCCUCGCAUGCAAGCUCCUGCUGGGCCUCCUCACCGGACCUAGCUUCCGCCGUCGCUACCGCGACUUCCACGGAGCUCCCCCCAUGUUGGGCUUCCUUUAUUCCUGGCCACAAUUCUCCCGCCAACGGUCCGAGGACCUCCUCGUCCCACAGUUCUUCCCCACCACAAAAUUCGGCGCGCGCAUUCCGGACGACCCCUGGCCGGACUGGGGGGACUCUGAGUUGGCUGUGUUGGACUGCCACCAUGGUCGCGUUCUCCUUGGGGACUAUGAUAAACCCAUGGCGCCGCUCAUCGUUUGGGACCCCAUGACAGGCUGCCGGACCAAGCUGGAAGCGCCCAAAGGAUGCAAUAUGCCCUUGACCGCCGAGCCCGGUGGAGCCGCCGUGCUCUGUGCCGUGACAGGAUGUGACCACCGCGCGUGCCAUCAGGGCCCCUUCCGGGUUGUCUUCUUCGGCAUGAGCACGGAUGGUGACGAUAAUUGUAUUAUACACGUGCGGGUGUCCUCGCCGGAGACUGGUGAGUGGAGCGAGCAGUGCCCUAGUCUUGAUCUUGGGAUGGAUGCAUUCAUCAGGCCAGUGCCUCCUGUCCUCAUCCAAGACGCACUUUACUUUAUGCAUAUUCUUGGUGAACAUGAACUAAAAGUAGGAAUUCUCAAAUACGACGUGGACUCUAAUUGCUUAUCGCGGAUUGAUGCGCCAGCCCCACUGCCGUGGCCUGCCAGUGACGAUUCUACUAUGCUCAUGGCUAUGGAGGAUGGCAGUUUGGGUUUUGCACUAGUGGAUAUGUUAACUUUCUAUCUGUGGUCAAACCAGAUGGGUUCCGAGGGUGUUGCGUCAUGGACUCAGCCUAGAGUCAUCGAUCUCAACAACCUUCUCCCCAUCAAAAAUCCUGAUAAAAUUCUUAGACUGAUUGGAUCUGUGGAGGGCAGGGAUAUCGUUUUCGUCACUACAGACCUUGGCAUCUACGAGAUUAAUCUUAAGUCGCUACAGUGGAAGAAGCUAUGGAAGAGAAAAAAAUUCCUUAGAUUGAUUCCGUACAUGAGUUUCCACAAACCACAAGGUAUAUCUAUAUGUCCUUUUUUUGUGAUUUGGGACAACUCUUAA